UACAAUAAGGAGUUCAGCGAGGUAGAAUAGAAUGAUUUGCUGCCGGUCGUUAUGCUGGUUAUAUGGAGGAUGGCUCUGGCAGAGACAAAGUAGAAUAAAGCCAUUAUAAAGUGAGUUUCGUGCUGCUUCCCCAUCACCCUGUCCCCUGAUACAGUAUAUUCGCCUAUAGUGUGUCUGUAGCAGCAGCAGCCGCCGCCUCCCCCGGGCACAGACUGUCUCCAGAGCCGCCGCCGCCUCCACGUCCUGCUCCAGCCCCUCCUCCCGGUCUGUGAAGGUCAUUACACGGAGCCAGUCGCGGUCCAAUAUAGCGCAUGCGCCCGGGCCCAGGGACUGGCACAGCAGCGAGGGAGAGAAAGGCGGCACAGGCUCGUAUGCUGAGCAGGGAGGGCACAGAAAAGAAACAUGGCGAGGAUGCCAGUCAGCGGGGACUGCACGGCCGAUACAAACCACCUGCCUGCGCCUCCUCGGGCCGCCCAGCACCGCCUGCAGCCGGGUAGCGCUGGAGAAGAGGAGGAGGAAGAGGAGGAUGAUGAUGAUGAGAUCCAGGAGGUACAGAUCACUGGGGAGGAGGAGGAGGACGAGCUGCUGCUGCUGGAGGAGGAUGAGGAUGAUCUGGAGGAUGACAUGCAGCUGGAAUGGGACCCCGAGGAGCCGGACGUCUUGCUGGAUCCCCCCUACACUCGCGCCCCCCCGUGUCUCUCUGCCCAGCGCCCCCCACUCACGGCCAAAGCGCGUUCCGCCACGGCGGUAGAGGAGGAUGUGUUGCUGCAGUUCGGCGCUACAGGGGGAGGUGGGGACGAGGGAGGAGGAUGCGCCCUGGGGUCCCCACUAGAGCGCCCGGAGCGCGCACGGCUGAGCGAGAAUACCCGGCUUGCCACCCGCUAUGCGGUGCGGAUCUUUCGCGAGUACCUGAGCGAGAAGUCGCAGAGCCCGGACUUUGAGAGUAUGGACAAGGAGGCGCUGUGCCGGGUCUUGCGCUCGUUCUACGCGGAGGCGCGAUCCAAGAGUGGCCAGUUGUACAGCAAGUCUUCCCUGAUCAGCAUCCGCUCCUCUCUCAACCGCUAUCUCAAUGAGCCCCCUUAUUGCCGCACGCUCGACCUCACCAAGGACCCGGAGCUGCGCAGCGCUAACUUGACGCUAGCUGCUGUCAUCCGCAAACUGGAGGAGCAGGGAGCCGGACCAGUGGUGCAGAAGCAGGCGAUCACCAGGGCAGACUUGAGGAAACUCUACACUUCUUGCGUCUUCAGUUCCUCCACCCCAUUUGGACUUCUCAACAAAGUCUGGUUUGAGACCUGCAUGUACUUUUGCACCAGGGGCAGGGAGAACCAGAGGGAGCUGGAAGAGGAUUCCUUUGGCCUGGCCAUGGACGAGGAUGGGCGCCGCUUUGUCUACUUUAAGGCGUUGGGCCCCUAUCACAAGUCACGUUCAUCAUCCUGGGGUAAGAAGCGCAGUUGCCCUGGAGGCAGCGCUAUGGAGAGCGAUGAGGAGAACCUGCCCCGCAUGUAUGAGACUGGCACUGAAUUCUGCCCCUAUGCCAGCUUUGUAAAGUAUCUGUCCAAGCGCAACCCGCUGUGUAAAGCGUUCUUCCAAAGGCCACGGGAUCAUGGGAGUGAAUCCGACGUCACCUGGUACGAGAACAAAGCCAUUGGCAAGAACUUAUUGGGUACCAGAAUGCAAAUGUUGUCCAAAGCAGCCAAACUGUCUAAAACAUAUACCAACCAUUGCAUUGGGGCGGUCUCAGUGGCCACGCUCAACAGCAUCGCUGGCAUUGGCACCAAGCUUGGGCCUCCAUAUCUUGCAGAUAGCCUUAAUGGAUCUAGACAUAGGCCAGUUAUGCCUGGAAAUACUUUCAUCCUACCUAAACCUACAGGCCGCCUUCCAGAGGCCAAAACUGCAGCCGCCAAGCGGUCACUAAAUAGUUCAGCCCAGUCAGUUUAUGCAUCUGGUGACAUGUGCAGCCCUCCUUCACCCAAACGGCUGUGCCUCAGGCCUCCUGACCCAUCUGACUGUGUGCAUGUUGUCUCUGUCAAGAGUGACCCUCAGCCGUCCUGCCCAGAAACCAAUGGCCACAUGGUGCUUGCGGCCUCCCCUGCUGUCACAUCCCCUUCUGUGAUGUCCCCAGUCCAGGAUACACGACCCAAUAUGUCAAGACCGCUGAUAACCAGAUCCCCUGCAUCUCCAUUGAACAAUCAAGGCAUUCCUACUCCUGCACAACUCACUAAGUCCAAUGCACCAGUUCACAUUGAUGUUGGUGGACACAUGUAUACUAGCAGCCUGGCAACCCUCACAAAAUACCCAGACUCCAGAAUCGGAAGACUGUUUGACGGUACAGAGCCCAUUGUUUUGGACAGUUUAAAACAGCACUAUUUUAUCGACAGAGAUGGGCAAAUGUUUCGUUAUAUUUUAAACUUUCUGAGGACCUCAAAACUUCUCAUUUCAGACGAUUUUAAAGAUUAUUCUUUACUGUACGAAGAGGCCAAGUACUUCCAGCUACAGCCCAUGCUCUUGGAACUGGACAGAUGGAAGCAGGAUAAGGAGGCUGGACGCUUCUCGAGGCCUUGCGAGUGCUUGGUAGUCAGAGUCGCACCAGACCUCGGUGAGAGGAUCACUUUGAGCGGCGACAAGUCACUGAUUGAGGAAGUUUUCCCAGAAAUUGGGGAUGUAAUGUGUAAUUCUGUCAAUGCGGGCUGGAACCACGACUCUACACAUGUCAUUCGAUUUCCUCUAAAUGGCUACUGUCACCUCAACUCAGUUCAGGUCCUGGAAAGGUUGCAGCACCGUGGCUUUGAAAUCGUAGGCUCCUGCGGUGGAGGAGUUGACUCUUCCCAGUUUAGUGAAUAUGUACUAAGGCGAGAACUGAAAAGGACAUCUCGUGCACCUUCCAUAAUAAGAAUAAAGCAGGAGCCGCUAGACUGAAUAGACACUUUUCUAAAUGGGACAGUCAAUGUAAAGCAGAGGUCUGGAAUCCAAACCAAUAAAGACAUUUCCAUCAUCUCAAGAGACUUAGCUGUAACGACAAAGCAGCUGCAUCAGGAAAACAUGUCAAAAUGGUAACCUCACCAUGGAUGUUGAAUUGUAGAAAGUGAUAUGUAAAUUACAAAAGGUUACAGUGGAGAUUACCACACAUUAGAUAAGCAUAACAAAAUAUACUGUAACAAGAUAUAUAUGUUCAUAGUUUUUAUUCCAUGCAUUCUGACCUCUAAGCCGCUGGGAAAUCCUUCCAAGUCUGAAGGGCUUAAGGCACAAGACAACCACUACAUUUUCUAUGUGCUUUGUUGUAAAAUGAACAUUGACAAUGGCAGUCCUACAGUAACGUAACCUAAAGGCUGAGAGGCACACUUCUUGGCUUGCACUUAUUCUCAGAGCCAAAGGGUGUAAUAUCUUUUGCUGCCAGUAGGGUCACCAGAGCACUGCUCUCCUUCAGGUAGUAAAAAAUUAUUAGAGGAUACAUAUCACAUUAGGAAGAGAAUUUGUACAUUUUUUUAUACCUGUAUAUUUCUGUCCACCCUCUCAGAAAUUGCUUUGGAGGACUAAUAGUAUCUAUAGGUCUUUUGGUGAUAGGGUUGUGAAACCUCCUUUUCUAAAAUGUUUCCUUCCAUUGUCCUUCCUUUCUCAUAAGAUCGUAUAGCAUUUGACUCUUCAAUAAAAAUGGGUUCCUGGAGACAGUGAAGCCAGAAUUUCCAAGA